AUGAAGUUCGCCACAUCUCUCUUCGCCUGUGCCGCCCUUCUUGCCGCCCAGUUCACUGCGGCCGUCACUGUAUCAUUCGAUGAGGCUUACGACGAUGCCGGAGCCUCUCUAACCUCUGUUGCAUGUUCCGACGGCCCUAACGGCCUCAUUACCCGCACCGGCGCGCAAACAUUCGGAGCGCUCCCCAAAUUCCCGUUCAUCGGAGGAGCAGCAGCCGUCGCUGGAUGGAAUUCCGCGCAAUGCGGCACUUGCUGGGAGCUUUCGUUCAACGGCAAGACAAUCAAUGUCUUAGCUGUUGAUCAUACCAACAACGGAUUCAAUAUCGCGUUGAGCGCCAUGAACACGCUGACGAACAACCAAGCUGUUCAGCUCGGCCGAAUCGACGCUGGGGUACGGCAGGUCGCAUCAUCCAUCACUUCAGUAAUGCUCGGACUAGUGCAAUGA